AUGUGUUGGCCCACUACACCAGCCAAUCAGACUAUCCAACUACCCUGUCCGGCCUACGUGGGUGGUGUGUCCGUGAGUGGCACCACUAGAAGAUCCUGUCGAUUUUUCCGGUCAAGAAAGGUCACUAACUCAUCGGGACCCGGUGGUCAUUGGUUGUUUGACGUGGCCGAUUACGACGAAUGUGUUGAGGCGGAUCGCGGUUUGGUAAGUGCCCGAAAUGUCUAA